GUAAAGGAGGGAUGGGGCCAUGAAGGGGUGGCAAAUUCGUGCUUGCUUUAUGUGAAAGCCUCAUGGGCCUUAUCUGGCCAACCCAGACCUACUCUACGACGACCACUGCUGUUUCUACAUCACCAUUCAUGUGCUCACUGGUUGGGUUUUUACAUCUUAUACACUUGGCUUACCUCGCUUGUGGUGCCAGCUCCUGCCUUUUUGCGUUACUGUCUGCUGGGUAUGUACUGUGUCGUAUUCCAAUGUCGCUGUCAACAGAUGCGUGAGAUUCCUAGCUUCGAUGCUCCGGAUCAGUGUAGUUGAACGGUCGCGGCUAGUUCGAGGGAUUCGAGCUACAGUGGAGCGUGUGCCUGGCUGGUUGGUGCUGCUGCUGCUGCUGCUUUUGCGUGGAUCGGAACUGGCAGUGUUUGGAAUCGGAGUGACGAUUUGAAUGUGCUCAUGAGAAAUUUGAAUCCUUCGCUGGAUUUAAUAACAGGUAGAGGAUGCUCUUGUUCCUUGAGAUGUCUCAGCUUAGCAUUGUGACUGUCCGGCUUUUCUGAGUCAUUGCGAGUCGAGCAAUGCAGGAUGAUCGGUAGCCUUGGCUAUCGAUAGUUCCAAUCACCAUUUUAGAGUGAACCAUUUCACGUGUCUGAGACGAAACAGGGUGCCACUUCGCGAAGUUUUCUGGAUCACAUACGGUAUUUGAAGACUCAGGAUUGCAGUGUGAGACGUGUACGUUGUUAUCAGAAACGGGAGAUACCGAUACAGGGAGACGGAUAAGAUAUCGCAGCUGACAGAUAAUUCCUCUGCAUGAGAUAGCCGGUGUUAGCAACAACAGGUCAAAAUGAGUUGCGUGGGGUUUCUCCAAUGCAUGCUCAAAUUCACCAAUUUUCUGCUUGCCUUGGUUGGAGGUUCAAUUGUUAUAUAUUCUCUGUGGAUGGUUAAAGAGUAUCAUGCGGAUUUUCCUCCUCAACCAUCCCCUCCCUCACUGCCUCCUGGAAUACCACCAAUACUGCCUCCCUCACCAUCACCUCCAACUCCACCGGUACCAACUCCUAGCUUCCCUCCAGUAUCACCCCCUUCAGUGCCUCCAAGCGAACCUCCAUUAUCACCACCUGCCCCAUCUCUGCCUCCGCCAACACCUGUCCCAACACCUACCCCAACUCCUGCAUCAACUCCAACCCCUACUCCUUCAUCACCAGCUCCAACUCCCGAUGUCUCACCUUCUGCUCCUCCUCCAUCUGAACCAGUGCCGGAACCAGAGCCGGAACCAGAGCCUUCAGUCUCACCAGAUGUUGCACCUGGUCCCAACCAAACUGUUGCUGAUUUUGGCGCUGGUGUUGUCAGCAACUAUGAAUCUCUUUUUGAAGGGGUUGUACUACACUUUGAAAAAAACAGGAGGCCUUUUCUACAUUUGAAAAAUGAAAAUGUUGAGCUGUCUAAGUUGCCAACCCCUUGGUUCAUUUAUGCGUUCCAAGGCGUUGGAAUCACGACACUCUUGAUAACCUGUACCGGCCAUAUAGCUGCUGAGACGGGCCACAACUUUUGUCUCUCGUGUUAUUUAUGCCUGCAAAUUCUCUUUGGCAUAGCACAACUCAUUUUUGCCGGCUAUCUGUUUUUUGACAAGCAUUGGCGUCAGGAUCUACCUGACGAUCCAACAGGACAGCUGGAUAAAGUGGAGGAGUUUGUUGAAGAAAAUUUAUCUAUUUGCAAAUGGGUUGCUUUAGGAGUGUUGAUUAUCGAGGCACUGGGCUUAUUGUUCGCUUCGACUUUACGAGCCAUCUCUGCUGACCCGCGUCGAUCAGGAUAUGAUAGUGACGAGGAGCUUGCUCCUACAAGGCAGCCUUUGUUGAAUCGCCCGAAUAAUCAACCUGCUCCUCCUGGGGCUCCUGCACAGAACCUUCCUUCACGCACUGCUGUUCGCAAUGAUGAUUGGAGUGCAAGAAUGCGAGAAAAGUAUGGAUUGGAUACCACGGAAUUCACUUACAACCCCGAAGAUUCGCAAUCUCGAAGAUUCGCUCAGCAAAAUCAAGCAGCAACCAGUACAGAGGACAAGCCUAACCGCUGCACAAUCAUGUAGUUUUCAUUCUGUGGUUGAAAGAUAUUAGAUUUUGACUAAGCAAUCAGUCAUAUACUUGAUCUUACUGGCACGUUUGUCAGCAUCAUGGGCAGAUAAGACUAAUGUACUUGGAAGGUUUACGAGUUGAAGAAAAUGAAUCGACAAAUAUUCUAGAUAGAAAUAGUAAGGACAUGUUCCUAUUAUAUACCAACUGAUUUAGGAAACUCAUGGAAUAUCACAUAUACGGUUGAUUGGGAUUCAUGACUGAACUAACGAAAUUAAUAAAAUUGGUGGAACUUUUUCACUGAA